AUCAGUUGAAUUAUAACCAUUUACAAAAUAACAACAACGAAACCAAAUAAGAAAAAUGUUCUCUAAAAUUAUCCUUGUUGCAAUCUUUGCCGUAUCAGCAGCUUUAGCUGGUGGACAUGGUGGAGAAUCAUACGCCAACACCAAUUUGUAUGCUUAUGGUGGUGGACACGGCGGAGAUGGGGGUCAUGGUGGACAUGAUGAUGGACAUGAUUACUAUGCUUAUCCAAAAUAUGACUUCAAAUAUGGCGUUGAAGACAAACACACUGGUGACAACAAAGAACAACACGAAGAACGUGAUGGAGAUGUUGUAAAAGGUUACUACACCCUCCACGAAGCCGAUGGAACCAUUAGGACCGUUCAUUACACCGCCGAUAAACACAAUGGUUUUAAUGCCCACGUUGUUAGAUCAGGACACGCUGCUCACCCCGCUGUUUAUGGACAUGGAGGACACGGUCAUGAUGGGCACCAUUAAGAAUCCUUUAUUUAAUUUUAGACAUUUUUAUGAUUUUUGUAUGAUGAUUCCUUG